AUGGAAAGUAUUUUUCAUCAACUCGUAGCUGCAUUGCACGAAUCUCCUUUAUCAACUGAUGUUCUUGAUCAAAUAGUGGUUUUACUUCAACAACAAACUGAUCAAUCCGCAUCCAGUUUUGUUACCAGCACACAUCCAUCGUUACUUAUUCUCGAACGAUGGGCAUGGGAACUAUUUAGUCAAGAGUCUCAUGGAUGGAUUGACGAACCAUCCUGCCAACAACUUUUUCGAACUCUUGCAAUAUUCAACGAGAAGAUAAUUUUUAACUGUGGUGAAAUCGGCAUGGAGAAGAAAGGUUCUCUUCUAUUCUCUGUAACCACUGAGCAAGUCAAUAGUAUAUUCAUGCAUAUUGAGCGAAGUGCGGACGAUAAUGAUCCGUUUAUUGCUUUCAUUAGUAUAUGGUUCGACAAUCACUCAAAAUUUGUUUGUAAUAAUCUGGAAUACAUCUCACCUGUGAUUGGCUAUGUCGGUCGAUAUGUUUUAAACAAAUAUAUUAAGAGUAAAGAACACAAAAUCUUUUUAACUCAACUUCGACAACCACAUUUAUCACAUACAAUAUUUACAGCGAAGUUUUUAUUCUACAUUGCAACAUGUCCAGCGUGCUUCAAUUCGUAUUUAGCUCAAGAACCUGAAAACUUUUACGAUUCUGCUGACGAUAUUGUACAAUGUUUCUACGAAGACUAUUUAGAAAUAAUUCGUGUUCAUAGUUAUACUGUUGCAUCUUGGAGUAAAGAGCUGGUCUCGUGUAUUGCACGAUAUAUAGGUGUAAUUGUUGGAUGUUUUUGGUUGGAUGGUGAGAAUCAACCACACAUGAAAGUACUUUUUCCUACAGAAGCAGUCGCACAUGAUCAUUUUGAAAAUCUGCUUCGUAUUCUAUCUUAUGAGCCGUUAUAUAAACAAAAAAAAAUCACACGCUCAAGUCAUGAAGCAAUUCUAGUGCACUCCAUUUUACUAUAUUUUUUGUUAAUAGUACAAAUGAGAAAUAUGGAUUGGCUAGGUGAUUUAAAUACAACAUUAAAAAAUACUAUGGUAUCUAUAAUUGACGUCACAAUUAAUGAUGAGAUCGCUACAUGUUGUUAUGCUGUGCUAUGCGAAAUCCUGACUGACGAGGAAUUGAAAGAUUUGAAAAUAUCAGAUAAUAUUUGUAAUUAUUUUCUCCAGAUGGUCGAAGAUUUUUGGAAUAAACCGAAGAAGAACUAUGAACAUGCACCCAUCAUGGUGUUGCUCAAAGGUUUUCAAACGCUAUCAAAAAAUGACUCAAUGCAACAAAAGACUGCUGUCUCACAUAGAAUAUAUUUACUUAUUGAGAUGUGCGAUAAAUAUCCUAUUGUAUACGAUAUCAUAUGGGCGCUAUCAUUUAAUCAUGAUAUUCAGCAACAACUACGUUCCAAUUCACCAUUUAUAUGUAAACUCACUCAACUAUCUCGACAACCAGAGAAUGAACAAAUGAGUAAAAUAAUUGAUGGAAUUCUAUGGAAUCUUGAAAUCAAUCACGAAAAUCGUUCAAUGACAGAUAAACACAAUACGAAAGAAUUCGAUAUAAUGAUUAGUUACUCGCAUAA